CGUUAAUCGGAGUGAAGAAGAAGAAUCUAAAAGCGGAAGUAGUUUUGUCGUGUCCUUGUGUGACAGAAGCGGUUUUAAGGAUGAGCAGACACAUAUUUGCGCUCCAGCAGGUGGCGAGGCGGACCGUGUUCAGCUCGGCCCGCCGGCAGCUCGAGAACAAGGUCCCGGCCAAACAGAAACACUUCCAGUCUGAUGACGGGCUGCCCAUCCAUCUAAAGGGAGGAGUCUCUGACCAGCUGCUGUACAGAGGAACCAUGGUGCUCACCGUCGUCGGAGCUGGCUACGUGGUGUAUGAGCUGCUGGUGGCAGCGUUCCCUCAGAAGAAGUAAAGAUCUCCUCCUCCUCCCUGUUUACUCUCCUGAUAACAUCGGCCAGCUUCUAUAGAUCUAUUAUCUAUAGAUCUAUAGAUCUAUUAAUUCUCUAUAUUGUGUAAAAAGAUGAACCUCCGUCUGGGCCGGCCUGUUUGUGUGUCAUGAUGGGAUAUUGUUUCAUGUUCAUGGGAUCAAUAUUUAUUUCUUGCACUCUCUCCAAUAACCUGAGGAUCAAUAAAAUAUAUAUACCUCUCA